GUAGGACAGGUCACAUGUUUGUGGGGUGCCACAGUAGGGAGUGCAGAGUUUGCUGAGGGUAUGGAUGGUACAGCGGAGCUGCAGUAGGGGUUCGGGGUCUUGCAUCCAGGAAGUUGUUUUGACUGAAGAUGCGUGUCGGUGCGUGGCUUCUCUGGGUGUCCUGGUUCUACACCUGGCUCGAGUACUCACAGUGCCAAGACAUCUGUCCAACAGAGUCAGGACUGAACAAGAGGCCAAGGAGCCGGGUCAAGGAGCACGUCCGUCACGGUGUCGGACACCAGCACACGCCUCACAGGAGCAGGCCACACCGCAAAAAAGGUACCAGAGUUCAUGCACAGGAUACGGCGCCCCGCAUCGUCCACCAGCCCUCUGACGUGGUGGUGAAAGUUGGGAAUCCCGCCACGCUCUCCUGCCGGGCGGAGGGCAGCCCGAAGCCGUACAUCGAGUGGCUGCGAAACGGCCAGCCUGUGAAGACGGCGAAAGGAGACGGACACUGGUCGCAACCCAUAGUUUUGUUGGAGGGGAGCAUCUUCUUCCUGAGUGUGGGGGGCAAGCGAGGUCAGUCGCAUGAGGGCGUCUACACCUGUGUGGCCACGAGCAGUGCAGGCAAGGCUACAAGCCGUAACGCAUCGCUGUACGUUGCAGUGUUGCAGGAGGAGUUCAGUGUGCAGCCCAGUGAUGUGGAGGUGGCAGAGGGGGAGGUGGCUGUGUUCAACUGUGGCCCCCCGAUGGGGCACCCUGAACCUAAUGUCAUCUGGAAGAAGGAUGGCUUUCCCAUCAACACUGACCACCACUACACGGAGCUGAGCGGGAAGCUGAUCAUCGCUCCUGCAGAGAAGUACCACUCUGGAGCUUAUGUGUGUGUGGCCAGCAACACGGGAGGAGUGAGAGAGAGCAGGGCGGCUCGGCUCUCUGUGCUGGCUAAGCCCGUGUUGGUGCUGAAGCCAGAGAACGUGUCUGUGAGAGCGGGGGAGUCGGCCCAGUUCUACUGCCGAGCUAAAGGUGACCCCCCGCCUGCUGUGGUCUGGAGCAGAGAGCAGGGGCCACUGCCCAACGGCAGGUACCUUGUAAAUCCAGACCAGACUCUCCAGAUCCACUAUGUGUCAGCCCAGGAUGCUGGGAAGUACACCUGCACUGCUGUGAAUGAUGCAGGUGUGGUCACUGCCAGUGCACAGCUGCUAGUUGAAGAGGCCACCAGCACUACACAGAGAGACCUCCACAAAGAGCUGUCAGCCCUGCGAGUUGCUCUGGACAAUGUCUCCAUCGCGGCCCCUGGGUCCAACAUAUCACAAGUCCAAUGGAAGCUCCAGUCCCCCCCGGCCCAGCCUCAUUACCUCGACGGCUUCGAGGUUCUCUAUCGCUCUCUGCUGCCCGCCAGCUCGGACUGGGCAGCGAAGAAGGUGGCUCUGCCCGGCUUCCAGGCUCUGGUGGGCCCCUUAAAGAGAGGCUACAAGUACGAGUUCAAAGUCCGUCCCUAUGGCAGCAACUUGUACGGAAGGGAGAGCAACACCCGGCACCUCAGAGUCCCUGAGACAGUGCCCAGUGCCUCUCCGCUGGCUGUGACCAUAACAGUGAGCCAUGAGCAGAAUAACACCAUCCAUCUGAGCUGGGAGCCUCCUCCUCAUGAAACCCACAACGGCAUCAUACAGGGUUACCAGGUGUGGUGUGUGGAGUCUGAGGAGCAACAGUCCCAAAACUGGACAGUGGAUAGCGGCCAACACAACCUUGAUAUCUCUACUCUCAAACCCGGGAGACGAUACUGGAUCACCAUAGCAGCUGUCAACGGAGCCGGAGUAGGAACGCUUAGUGACACUCACGGAUUUGUCAUCAACCCACAAUUAGGCGUUCCUCCUGGGUCAGACAGCCGGGAUCCGUCUCAGGUCCUGGCCCUGCUUCAGGACCCGGUGUUGAUCGGCACCAUUGGUGCCCUCCUGUGGUGUGUUUUGAUGGUUGCAGCCGUCUACCUCUUCAGACGCCACAGCAGGACAGGCCACCUGAUAGCAGGUCAUGGCAGGGCUAAAGGUUUGCAGAGACUAGCCAGUGAAGAUCUCAUCAUCAAACACAGGAUGGCAGCUCCAGACUCCCCUUGGGUCUCUGGAGGCUGGAGACCUGCCUUCAACCAGAAGUAUCAGGACUUAUGGGCCCAAGGUCAGAAGCACCCAGGGAUCCGGGGCACCAGCCUCCCGGUCUCCUGGAAGGACCACAGCUGCGUGGACCCGGCUGUCCCCGUGGCGACCGACAGCUGCGGCGUUUACGGCACUUUUUAUGUGGACCUGAUGGGCAACGGCCUCAAGACAUUCAACAGUCCCGGGCGCCGCCCUAAAAUGGCUCACGGUCCGCCCCAUCAGCAAGGAGCCGAGACCAUCCAGAUAUUCCCUCAGCCGGCGACAAAGACCUCGCCCCUCUGUAGCCGGGAGGCGUUACCGUGGAAACAGGCCAUACGCCCCCAACCCAAGAUGGGUGUGCUGAGGGAGUCAUGGGAAAAAAGCCACAGCAAGCAAGAGCUGCAUGCAGUGAACAGUGUCCCCAUAGUGCCAACCAGGAAACAGGCUUGUCCGUCCCACGUCUACAAACAGAGACUCAGUCACAUACCAUCGGGUCGGCACGAGUGUGAUACAGUCGCUGGCUGCCCUCGCCUGCUGCAUUACUCUGCAUCAUUACACCUAGUGGACAUGCUGCCCCCCCCACCACCGAUGCCCAUAGAGGACACCAUGGACACACACAGCCUCACCUCAGAUGAAGGCUCCAGUCGUUCUACCAAGCUAACAAUGGACAUGGGUUCUGUCCCGUCAGUGUGUGCCAUGUCAGGCCAUCGUGGGCAACCACGACCCAACAACAGCAGCAGCUGCCCCUCCUACAGCCACCUGUCUACCACAUCAUAUUCCAUGUCAAUGGAUGACGAACAGGGUGGCACACUGACGGCACAGGAAGCCACCCAGUAUCUGGAACUCAGCCCUAAACCUGAGAGAUGCAGCAGUAAGCUGCCUGAGCAGCAUCCCUCCCUGUACCGCCUCUGUGGCCCAGGCCGCUCCACACAGCCGGAGGACGACCCUGCCACCGAUGAUCCCGAGGCACCGCCGAUUGGCUUGCGACUCGCCCGCCUCCAGAGCACACCUUCCUCCUGCUACAGCGAAUGGGACGGCUCACUGUGGAACACCUGGAGCUCCGUCACGGACAGCAACAUGACCAGCAGCGCUCGCACCAGCCUCAUCAGCUCGGUGGACAGCUGCUACACCAACGACAGCGCCAGCUUUGCCCGCUUGCUGGCUGCGGCUGCAGAGACCAUGAGUGGAGCGUCUGUGUCAGACUUCUCUCCGCCAGCCUCCCCCCUCAGCGCCUUGUAUCCGGCGUUUCGUGUAGAAGGCGACUCGUUCGGCGAGCUGGAGCCCGUUCCUGCGUGGGACUGGAGCAUGGCCUGGGUGGAAGAAAUGGAGGCUCAGUACAGAGCACAGUAUGCUGGCAGGAACACCAAACCCUUUGACUCUUAGGGGACUCUGCCAGGACACUAAGAGACAGCAAAUGCAAGACAAAAAGAAGAAGAGGGCAGACAUGAUGCUGCAACUGAUUUACUUUGUUGAUGUCUAAAUAAUUCAGAGUUUGAUGUGUAGCGAUUUCACAGUCAAGAUAAAUAUCUAAAUUUGAAAUAUAAUUGGAGCCAACUGCUUGAUGUGUGAGACGGCUCUGCUAGUAGAUGUCUGUAAUAGUUUCCCUGUUUACCUCAGGGCAGUCUGGCUACUAUUUUACAUCCUUCAAAUGACUUCCAAUGAGUUUCUAAAGUUGUCUUCCCUUCUCUGGAUCCUUUCCGCUCAUUAGAGAAUAGGACAAUGAGAUACUUCCCUCGGGAUUUUCUCACCCAGUGUGUUCUGAAAAGGCCAGACAGACACAAAGACGGGAUGCGGAGACGGUGAGAAAGCAGUCAUUAGGCAGAAGAAAUACAGCGCUGGAGUUUUCCUCACAGCACACGUUUGUUUCUCAUGUUUGUUGCCAGGUUUUAUUAGAGGCUCGAGUUCUACCAAAUAGAGCAUAGCAUAGUGAUUUUGUACAGACUGAUCAAGUGUGUAUAUAUUCAGCAUAUUCAACAAAUGUUAUUUAAAGAAUUUAAAACACAAUUCAAAUCUUUUUUUUCUGGCGAUUUCUUUUACAUUGUGGGAAUUCUUUUAUAUUUUAAGAUGAUUUUUUACUUUAUACAUAAAGUUUGUAUCAGACACAACAUUCUGUAGUUCAGAGUAACAAAUGUAGAAGUUGUUUUGUUCACAAUUAAUUUAACUAACUUGAGAUUUUACCUUUAAAUAACUUGAAUUUUUUGGAAGCGUACAACAAGAAAGUAUUGUACAAGUUAAAGUACUGUAUGCUUGAUGUUUUAUUUAGAUAUUCACUAAUGCUAGUAGGUUCAAAGUUUUACGUUUUGUAAGAAUUUGCAUUUUAUUUUGUUCAUAUUACACGUAUGUUUUAUAGUUUUGAAUAAAAUCUUUUUAUUGCUUAAAGUAAGGCUGUGAAGUUAAAGCUCCUGCCAUGUUUCAUGUGACAUUGAUGUGGUCUUUUAUGUUAUUUUCCCAAAUUAAAAACACCUUCAUAC